GAUAAUCACAAUGGGAUCUGUCAGUAAACCUCGUCUCGUCUUCGGCACCGCCGGCAUCGACACCGGCGGCGCGUUCCCAACCGCGGAGCUUGCCACCGAGCUGCUCGACGCCGUUGAGCAAGCGGGCAUCAAGCAGCUCGACACGGCCCAGCUGUACGGCAUCAGCGAGGAGAUUCUGGGGAAAAUUAAGGCGGCGGAGCGGUUCACCAUUGACACGAAGCACAUUGGAGGAUGGAAACCCGGCGAGUCAACGCGGGAAAAGGUCGUUGCGAGGGGCUUGGAGAGUCUGCGAAGGCUCGGCGUGGACAAGGUCAACAUCUUCUACAUCCACGCACCUGAUAACACCACACCUCUGGAAGAGACUCUAGCCGGCAUCGACGACCUCUACCGCCAGGGCAAGUUCGAAAAGUUUGGCCUCUCCAACUUCAACGCAGACGAAGUCAGGGAGGUUCUCAGAAUCACAAAGGAAAAGGGCUUCGUCCCUCCCACCGUCUACCAAGGCAACUACAACGCAGUCGCCCGCAAGCUGGAGACGAAUCUCUUCCCCCUGCUCCGCGAGAACGGCAUCGCGUUCUACGCCUACAGCGCGAUUGCGGGCGGAUUCCUGUCAAAGUCCAAGGAGCAGCUGCUGCAGGAAUCCGGCGGCGAGGGCAGAUGGAGCAAGUCGACGCUGGUGGGCGAGAUGUACCACAAGCUGUACAGCCGGCCAAAGGUGCUGGAAGCCCUGGAUGUCUGGAGCGAAACGGCGGCUGCGGCGGGCAUCCCCAAGGCCGAGCUGGCGUAUCGGUGGGCGGCGUAUCAUUCGGGGCUCAAGGAGCAUCUGGGCGAUGCGAUUGUGCUCGGCGCGAGCAAGAUCUCGCAGCUGCAGCAGACGGUUGCCGGGUUGGACAAGGGGCCGCUGCCGGAGGAGGUUGUGAAGAAGAUUGACGAUGUGUGGGAGCUUGUCAAGGAUGAGGCGCCGACAGACAACUUUGAUCUUCGACGGAACUAA